AUGCCUCUAGUCUCGAGCAAUCCUAGUUGGUGGCCACUCAUCAAUGCAGAAAUUAUUGGCAGCUAUUUUGUAGUUGCCGCCUGUGUUAUGGCAAUAUACGAUUGGGGACUUGCGUUCGGACAAGAGGUAGAACUUGUUUGGAGACAACGCUGGUCCAUGAUGACCGUUCUGUAUCUCGUUGCACGGUAUGGUGGAAUAGGGUUUGUUGUGAUCAACAUUUUGCUCGAUGUUCCAACGAUCCCGACAACAGAUGGAGGAUGCCGUAUCAUGUUCGACGCAAUUAAUUGGACAAGUGAUGUUGUAGAUCUAAUACUGGGCGCCAUCAUGAUUACUCGGUUGCAUGCUAUGUAUCAGCGAUCCAGAAAGAUGCUGAUAUUUCUCGUUGUCAUCUUUCUGGCCAUCAGAAUCGCCCUCGUAGUGGUGAUCGUAUUACAGAUAAAGCAGGUUUCAGGGGAGGAAUCCGCUCUCUCCGGCACCUAUCAGUGCAUAUUUAACUAUUCGGGAGAUUCCCAAUUUCUGGGUUCCAUGACUUGGAUACUCGGCACUGCAUGGGAGGUCCUUGCACUGUGUCUCGCGGUCUGGAUCGCUGUAAAGCACUUCCGUGAACUGCGAAGAGACUCAACAAGAAGCAUUAUUGUAGACUGUUUCACGGUAUUAAUGCAAACCCAUGCGAGUUACUUUGCGAGCUUUCUCGCUAUUGCUUGCUUCCAUAUCGGUUCAUUCUCUCCGACGAUCUCAGCUGAUAUAGAAUCCCUGGGCGCUCAAACUUAUUUUGGGUUGGCUCAAAUCUUCGAUAUGGCACAGCUGACUGUGCUAGGACCACGCCUCAUCCUUAGUGUUCGAGAAUAUAACGCUAAGCUUGUGGCUGACUCCGAUAUAGCAACCGCUAUGAGUUCAAUUGCUUUCCAGGAGCGCGUCCAUGUGGAAACUAGCAAUACCGUGUAG